UCCGCCAUUUUGCAGUCGUUUUGCAAGUCCGCUGCUUCCAUUUGUGAGGCAGCGCUAGUAAAAUACAUUUAUCUCAAGAAUUGUAUAAGCAUUUAGAAAUAUUUUUCGGGCAAAACAAUGGCAAACCCUUCAGGUGAUGUGGAGAUGCCGGAGGGCGCAGAGGUUCGUAAGCUGUCGGAGCUGAGAGUCAUCGACCUAAAGGCCGAGCUGAAGAAACGAAACCUAGACACGACUGGCGUCAAGAGCGUGCUGUCGGAGCGCCUCAAAAAGGCGAUUGAGGAAGAAGGGGGGAAUCCAGACGAGAUAGUCCUCAUUCCAGACUCGAACCCUAAGAAAGCUGCACCCAAGCGGUCCACCAAAGAUUCCCGGCAAGAUGAUGAAACAGAUGAGGGCCCUUUGGAGGAAGAUUCCCGUGAUGGACAAGAUGAGUUUCUGGACGAUCAUGAGAACAUGCAGGACAUGGACAUCCUUGACAUGAACGUUCUGGAUGAGACGGAGAAUGAAAGCGGGAUGCCAGCUGGGGAUCAUUUGGAUGAGGAGGGGAAUUAUGACAGAGAUGAAGACGCAUUGCUGGAGGAUGAAAACGACUUCAGUGGGUUUGGGUCAGGGCAAGAAACCCAAGGUCCAGAGAACCCAAAUUCUGGCACUGAAGAAGGAAACACAGAGCCUCUAAAAGAAGAUCAGCACCAGGAUCCCGAAGAAGAGCAAGCCGCCGGAGGGGAAGACGGCGUGUCCAACGCUGGUGCCAAGUCCAGCAGCGCUGCAUCUGCCGAUGAGGAUGACGCCAAAGAGGCCGGGGACGUGAAAACCGUCCCAGAAGAGACACUUGACUCUGAAAACAUAAGCUCACAGGCUGUUAGUGUAAGCGAACAGGGCGGCUCGGGUGAAUCUGUUGAUUCAGAAAAGGGGUCUAAGAAGGGUGAGGAGGACGAGAAGACAAUGGAUAAGGCUGCCGCGGAUUCAACCUCAGCACUGAAAGAGUCCUCUUCUGUAGAGGGCGAUGAUCAGAACAAGAGCGUUGAAGAAAAAGAUGCCAAGACAGAGUCAAAAGAUGAAAAAGCAGCAGCAAGCAGUAGCAGGAAUCUGUGGGUCAGUGGUCUGUCCUCAACCAGCAGAGCGACUGAUCUGAAGACACUAUUCAGCAAACAUGGCAAGGUUGUUGGAGUUAAAGUGGUGACCAAUGCUAAGAGCCCAGGAGCUCGGUGCUAUGGCUUUGUCACCAUGUCGUCCUCAGAGGAGGCCACCAACUGUAUCGAUCACCUCCACAAGACUGAGCUGCAUGGCAGGAUGAUCUUUGUGGAGCGGGCUAAAAAUGAGCCUGCAGGCAAAAAGCCAGCUGACAAGAGUGAUGCUAACAGGAGACACUCAACUGACUCUAAAUCUGAAAAGGGUGACAAGACGGAAGGAGAAAACAAAGAUGACAAAGAUCAGAAUGAGAGGACUGUAGUUAUGGACAAGUCCAAGGGGGAGCCUGUCGUCAGCGUCAAGACCAAAAGCAAAAGCAGGGAGAGGAGCUCUAAGAGUCGGAGUCGUGCAUCUUCCAGUAAAGAGAGAAAAGACAUCCUGACGUUUGCCCAAAUCAAGGCGCAGAGAAAGAGGGAGAAACAGAGGCAGCGAGAGAGGGAGAUGAGAGAGGCUGAAAGGUUCAGAUUCAAUGAUCGCAAUCGUGACAACCCAGCAGAGCGUGAGCGAAUCCGUCUGUUUCGCGAAAGGGAGGAACGGAUGAUGAAUAACAGGCGCUGGCUGGAGGUGGAGAAACAGCGCCUUGAGGCAGACCGGAUGGAGCGGCAGUUCCUGGAGCGUGAAAGGAUGAGAAUAGAGUAUGAGAGGCGUCGCGAGCAGGAGAGGAUAAUGAGGGAGCGCGAGGAGCUGAGGAGGCAGCAAGAGCAACUGCGCUUUGACCAGGACAGACGCCCCGUAAAGAGGCCAUAUGACAUGGAUGGCAGAAAAGACGAUUGGCCUGAUAAGCGCAUGGCAAUGGACGACCGUUUCGGCCGUUCAGACUUUGGUCGCCAGGAUCGCUAUCAGGACUUUGACCACAGAGAGCGUGGCCGUUUCCAGGACAAUGGCCAGCACUUAGACAGACAUGGCAGAGAGUCUUGGGGCGGAGGCUACGACAAGCGCAUUAACCCCAGGGAGGGUGGCCGUGAUUGGGACUCUGGUCGAAAGAUGGAUGGAGACAGGCCAUGGCAAGGUAGAGAUGGUGGCAUUCCAGGCCAGAGCCACAUGCCACGUGGAGGGAUGGCAGGCCGUGGGGGUUACAUGAACACAGGAACAUCUCAGUCUCUGUCUGGAGCUCUGAACAGACAGAACCAAAUGAUGCAGGGCAGUGGGAUCCAGGGAGGAGCUUUCGGGCGACGCUACUAAUUCAUAUGAUGAUGUACAGUUUGAGAUGAUCUUUUUCUUUUUUUUUUUCCAUGGAUGUGAUGACAUUGUUUUGUACUUUCAUUUUUUAUUCUUUUUGCCAGAAAUCUUUAGCAUUUUUUUCUCUGCUAGAUUAGUGUUGUUUUGAUGGUAGUGAUCUUCUGCUCUGUAUUUGUCACUUGUACAAAUCGAUCAUUUUCAGUGUGUGAAACCACCUCGACUGUAAUAAAUUGAGAUGUUCAUUAGACACCUGGGUUCAUGGACCUAACCUCA